GAAGAAGAAGAAGAUAAUUAGGAAGGCAACAAAACAAGUUUGUCAGCAGAAGUUAGUGGUUUAAACUCGGCUGCAGGGAUAUAAAGUUAUCUUCCUAUAUUGAGUUUCCCGAGAGAGUUUAAGACGUUUGUGUUUAACCACAUUAAGACGGUGAAACUCUUCUUCUCUCUGUUUAGCUGCAUGGAGACCAAAGCGCCUGUUGUGCUGAACUCGCUUCCUCCUUACGGACAUGUUAUUGCCAGCGAGAAAUGGAGAAACUCGUCCCUCAUUCAAAGCUUAAAGGGUGGAGGAGUGAAAAUCCUCUUUGAGAAUGAGCUCGGUGUGGCAGAUUUCCACCUGCCCAACAAAAGCUGCGUCCUCUACGUGUCUGAGUGCGACAUCAUAGCAGGAAACAGCUACAAGAGGAAACUGGUUCGCUACAGAAAUGGCAGCAGUAGUUUCCAGGAGCUGGUGCUGGUGGAGAACACCAGACUCAGUGAGCAGUACUUCUCUGCUGUGCAGAAGUUUGUGGUGUUUGACCUCGGCCUGACUCUACUGCCGGUCAGCGGGCAGACUGAGGCCUCGCAGCUCAUUGCUCAGAUCGUUCACGGGGAGGGCCGAGAGAACCCCUUCAGGAGGAGGACUUCAUCUCGGCUGUUGGACCCGCUGGUCCCGGCUCUGGUCCAGCAGGUCCCCGGGGUCGGCAGGGUCAAAGCUCUGGCCCUGCUGCGGCACUUCUCCAGCAUCCGGCAGCUCUGCAACGCGGCCCCUGCUGAGCUGGAGCCCAUCGUGGGUCAGGCUGCAGCUCAGCAAAUCCACAGCUUCUUCCACAAAGACACUGCUGCAGGAACCUGAAGGCUCGACCCUGGGUCUUUAUCUAACCAGGAAGGUUUGGAUUUGAUGCUAGUGCAGAUACACUUUGGCUCACAUGGACACCAAGUCUUUAUUUGAACGUUCACUUGACACCAGCUGGUGAAACAUGACCAGCUGUGAGACUAGAAAUGGGACGUGUGUGUGUGUGUGUGAAAGAGUAAUUUAGAAAGUCAGCAAAUAUUUUCCACAUUAUGUGAAUAAAAACUAAAUACAUUAGCAUGUUUAUAUACUGUAUACAGAAAGCAGUGAUGGUGCAGUCAGUGGUUUGUCUGUUAGUAGACUGAUACGUGUGGUCAGACGGUUUUUGCACUUUGUUUUUAAGGAGGAUGUCAGAGGGCAGCAGUGAAAUGAAGGACUGAAAACAAACAGUCCAUUUUGCUGUGACAUGUAGAUUACAUAAACUGACCAUCAGCAUCCAGCUAUAUAAUGACAAGAUGCAGAAAAAAGGUUAAAUACACGUCCUUAUGAGGAAA